AUGAAGCGAUCAGAUGACGUCAGUGGUUUCACUUCAUUUCUAAUGUAUUCCCCCACCUAUGCACUCACCUUAGAUGUGUCCAUUGUCCUUAGUUGCUUAUUGGCUAUUGCCUGCCGGAUCAAGUUGUUUGCAAAUAAGUCCGCGUGUCCCUGCACCGUGCCUUCGCUGAAAAAGACGGGAAACUGUGGCACCUCGUUUGUAGGCAACUACGUGGGACACAGCACCGUAGCAAAAGAUACGGUGAGUGACGGAAGACACAACAGCAUGCCGGAGGUUCUUCAAAGCAAUGACGUUACUAUGAACCGUAGUGCGUCUCCAUCCGCUGCAAAAGGUGGUUGUAGUGAGACACAUGUUAGUGAAUCCCUAACCGAUAGUAAACCUUGUGGUCACUGUUCAGAUGAUGCUCUCGGGCAGCUGUUCGGCAUACCGGUAAAUGCUUUUGCCGCAACUGCCCUGAUAAAUUACCUUUCACUUGUCUCCAACUGCCUCACUCAAUACUUUCGACCCUCUCAGGUCCUCUACGCGACUCUUAUGAGUUUUUGCGAUGUGUUGCUCUUCGCCAUGAGUGACUACUAUGGAGAGGGCACUAGUCAUUGCAGACAUGAUAAAUGUGUUUCACAUAGUGAUUUAUGUGAUGGGUGGAGGGGGUUGAAAUUGCGGAUUCCUUCUGUUCCACAUGAAUUGCAUGACCUGAAGGGCAUUGCUGAUCACAAGUCACAAAGGCGUGGUGGUAGUGAUCCUGUUUAUCCCUUCGGAGUGGAAGCGAGUUCGCUUCAUUUGGAGACGAGAGGAAAUAGAUGGCGGUUGAUGAUACUCGGUUUUAUGAGGUCGAAUGUUGAUGAUGCCUCGAAGCCGAAGCACGCUGACGGUGGUGUGUUGUCCAAACUUCGGGUGCGGUGGUAUAUUCUUCCUAUACUUCACACAAUUUCCGUUGCAGCACUUGUUAUUUUGAGGAAAUACCAACUCCUCUUCUUUCUUGGAACCGCAGCGGGGUAUGUGGCCAGUUGUGUGACGCUUCACAUGGUUGGUUAUGGUUUAAGUGCCCUGUUAUCUGUGCUGCUCUUUCCCUUUAUUGGUGGUGGAUAUUACGGAACCGUGCGUCUGUCGACUAAUGAUGAGCGUGUAGAAAUGUUGAUGGGCUUCUUUUCCCUUUCUGGCGCCGUGCAUGUUGGGGGUGUUGGUGUCUAUUAUGUGUUGCAGCAGACUUUCUCUGGUGUGUGUGUGGUGUUGUAUGUAUUAAUGCUUCUUGAAGAGGAUGAUGCAUUAUACAGUACACAUGUGAGUCUCAUGCGCUGGUAUGUUAAUCCUUGUGGACAGGGGUUGCUGGAUGCGCAAAAGUUGUUCACUUUUUUGCUCCUCCUAGGAAGUAUGAAUCGUCAUAAACAACGGGAGAGACUAUUGGCACGGUACCGAAAGAAUUUCAGCAGUCACUUAUUGUGA